CUUUUGUCAAUUGCGCAUCAUUGUCUCAUACCGGAACAAUAAGCUCCUCAAAAUCCAUUCAUUUGGAGUCAAUCAAUAUCCAACUACCUCUCCCACCUCAAAUCCGAGACCGAUGACCACGAAAUAAACACCCAUUCUUCAACACCCAUUUGGCGCAUUCUUGAGCGCAUCCUUCAGACAAUAUUCCCAGACACAAUGGACAGCCCAAACACACCCUCACGACCUCCCCUUUACUCCGAGCCCCCAUCAUACGGCGAACAAAAUAGCUCUACACCCACAGGUCAACCAAGCAAUGCCUCGCAGGUCCGUUUGUUGACAUCAGUUGACGAGCCAGAAAGCCGUCCUCCAUAUAUCUCCCACAGAUCAUAUCAACCAACGGUGAUCUCCUCAAAUUCACGCGCUCCAUCAAUCAUUGAUACUGCACCUACCAUGCCUCCAUCAGAUCCUUCAUACUUACCCUACUCCCCGAGUGGCAGAGUCUCACCAACGAGAUCUUGGGAGACUAGAGGAUCGAACGAGUUCAAUAGACCUCCUCCUGCGAACGUACAAUUCGAGCCUCCGGAGAUCAAUGGCAGCCCGAGACCUGGUACACCUUCGUCGAGAUAUGGAGGUAGUCCGCGACGGCCACUGCCUCCUGCGCCUCUGUUUGCCGGGGCCAACUCCUCUCGUACUUCCUUCAUCGCAGACGACGCUACAAUCUCAAUCCCUCUAGAAGGUGAUAUUGGGGACGGCGAUGAUGUAUUUGGCCUUGAUAGUCCCUUGAAGUCUGGUGGUAGACACGGCUUGAAGUCUAGAGAUUCAUACAUGUCAGCACAAACACUCACAGACGAUCAAGACCAAGAAUCUCAACAGGACUAUGAACAUUAUGGUCCGGCACCAGAUGGAAAGCAAGAACGGAGAGGAGCCCGGCAAGCACAAAUGUCGAAGAAAGAAGUCCGAUUGAUCAACGGAGAGCUCAUUCUCGAGUGUAAAAUCCCUACGAUUCUCUACAGUUUCUUACCGCGCAGAGACGAAAUCGAGUUCACGCACAUGCGAUAUACGGCCGUGACCUGCGAUCCAGAUGACUUUGUAUCGAAAGGCUACAAAUUGCGCCAGAAUAUCGGGAGCACAGCGAGAGAGACCGAGCUCUUUAUUUGCGUCACGAUGUACAAUGAGAACGAGAUUAACUUUACGAGGACGAUGCAUGCUGUCAUGAAGAACAUAUCGCAUUUCUGCUCUCGCUCAAAGUCUCGGACUUGGGGCGAGCAUGGAUGGCAGAAGAUUGUUGUCUGCAUCGUUUCCGAUGGACGACAAAAAGUGCAUCCGAGAACCCUCGACGCGCUGGCUGCAAUGGGCAUCUACCAGGACGGCAUCGCCAAGAACUUGGUCAAUCAGAAGGAAGUGCAAGCACAUGUCUAUGAAUACACAACCCAGGUAUCUCUGGACUCGGACCUCAAGUUCAAAGGUGCUGAAAAAGGAAUUGUGCCCUGUCAGAUGAUCUUCUGUUUGAAGGAGCAGAACGCCAAGAAGUUGAAUUCGCAUCGUUGGUUCUUCAACGCUUUCGGCCGAGCCCUUACACCAAACAUCUGUAUCCUUCUUGAUGUCGGUACGAAACCUGGUAGCAACUCUCUCUAUCAUCUAUGGAAGGCAUUCGACACAGAUUCAAACGUCGCCGGAGCGUGUGGUGAGAUCAAAGCCAUGAAAGGCAAAUUCGGAACCGGGCUCUUGAAUCCAUUGGUCGCGUCCCAGAAUUUCGAGUACAAGAUGUCGAAUAUCUUGGAUAAGCCGUUGGAGUCGGUGUUUGGAUAUAUUACGGUGUUGCCCGGUGCAUUGAGUGCGUAUCGAUAUCAUGCUUUGCAGAAUGAUCAUACAGGUCAUGGGCCGCUGAGUCAAUAUUUCAAGGGUGAGACGCUGCAUGGUCAGGAUGCGGAUGUCUUCACUGCGAAUAUGUACUUGGCUGAGGAUCGUAUUCUGUGUUGGGAGUUAGUGGCGAAGAGAGAUGAGAAGUGGGUGUUGAAGUACGUGAAGAGCUGUACAGGAGAGACUGAUGUCCCUGAUUCCGUUCCGGAAUUCGUUUCCCAGCGUAGGAGAUGGUUGAACGGUGCCUUCUUCGCGGCAGUCUACUCUCUCGUCCACUUCAGACAAAUCUGGCAUACAGAUCAUAGCAUCGGCCGCAAGAUCCUCCUUCACAUCGAAUUCUUCUACCAACUCAUCAGUUUACUCUUCACAUAUUUCUCCCUGGCCAACUUCUACCUCACUUUCUACUUCGUCGCCGGUUCCCUCUCAGACACCACAAUCGACCCCUUCGGGCACCACAUCGGCCUAGUAAUCUUCACUAUCCUCCGCUACACCUGCGUGCUCCUAAUUUGCACGCAAUUCAUCCUCUCCAUGGGCAACCGCCCACAAGGCGCCAAACGUCUCUACCUCUCCUCCAUGAUAAUCUACGCCAUAAUCAUGGCCUACAACACCUUCGCCUGCAUCUAUAUCGUCGUGCGCCAACUAAAAAACCACGCCGCAGGCCUCAACCUCGGCAACAACGUCUUCACCAACCUCAUCAUCUCGACGGGUUCCACAGUCGGCGUCUACUUCCUCAUGUCCUUCCUGUACCUCGACCCCUGGCACAUGUUUACUUCCUCAGCCUCCUACUUCAUGCUGCUCCCCUCCUACAUCUGCACACUACAAGUCUACGCCUUCUGCAACACGCACGACAUCUCCUGGGGCACGAAAGGCGACAACGUAAUCCACACGGACCUCGGCGCGGCGCUCGGCCACGGCGGGAAAACCGUCGAGCUCGAGAUGCCCUCCGAGCAGCUGGACAUCGACUCGGGCUACGACGAAGCCCUCCGCAACCUCCGCGACCGCCUCGAAGUCCCCGUGCCCCCCAUCUCGGAGUCCCAACAGCAGGAAGACUACUACAAAUCCGUGCGGACGUACAUGGUCGUCGUGUGGAUGGUGUGCAACGCCAUCCUCGCCAUGGCGGUGUCGGAAGCGUACGGCGCGACGGCCGUCGGCGACAACUGGUACCUGAAGUUCAUCCUGUGGAGCGUGGCGAUCCUGGCUAUCUUCCGCGCGCUGGGUAGCGGCACGUUUGGCGUCAUCAAUUGCGUGGAGGCCGUCGUGGAGGGCCGGGUCAGGAUGCGGAUGAAGCUGCCGAAGUGGGCGGGCGGUCUGGGCGAGAAGUGGCGGGAUGGUCUCAGCUCUUUCGGGGCCAGCGUCAAAUCUUGAAGUAAGUAAGUAAGUAAGUAAAGUAAAAGUUCUUGUCGUGGAGUUUUUUGUAAGAAAAUGAGGGUGGGGAUUUGGCUGGUGAUGAACGGAUGGAUGGAUGGAUGGAUGGUAAUAUGGUGUUUACUUGAUACCUUGUUGGAUUUUCGGGAUGUGGAGUUACAUGCUGCUUUGUUUGCUCUGUAUCUGUUGUAUAGAGUCUAUCUAUCAUACUUGUUGAUAUCGAAAAAUUCUCGCUUUUUCAAAAGUCAACCCCUCUCCCUACAUCAUCAAGUGCG